GAAGAAGUAAAAAUAGAUAUCUAUUAGAGUAGAUUUUACAGCAAGGGUUUCCAAUUAUUUUACCAACAGGUGAUACAAGCACUUGGUCACAGAGUUGAUGAGGCUCAUAGGAUGAGGCUUCUAUUUUCCACCGUUCAUCCAAGAUAAUAAAAACCACUACUACAUAAAGCAAAGUACAAUAUUCCUUCAUUUCUUAAUUUGUGAAGAUAGAAAAAAUAUGGCACUGAGAAUGUGGGCUUCCUCAACAGCCAAUGCACUAAGAAUCUCCACAACCAACAAUCUACUUGCCCCUUCCUUUUCUAUCUCUAGAUGCUUUUCAACAGUAAUUGAUGGGCUCAAGUAUGCAUCUUCACAUGAAUGGGUGAAACAUGAAGGUGGAGUGGCCACAGUUGGCAUCACUGAUCAUGCUCAGGACCAUCUUGGAGAAGUAGUGUUUGUGGAUUUGCCAGAAACUGGUGGUUCUGUUUCCCAAGGAAGUGGCUUUGGAGCUGUUGAAAGUGUCAAAGCCACCAGUGACAUUAAUUCUCCCAUCUCCGGUGAGAUUGUUGAGGUCAACACAAAGCUUUCAGAAACGCCCGGCCUGGUAAAUUCAAGUCCAUAUGAAGAUGGAUGGAUGAUUAAAGUGAAGCCAAGCAGUCCAUCAGAAUUAGAAUCUUUAAUGGGAUCCAAAGAGUACACAAAAUUCUGUGAAGAAGAUAGUCAUUAACUCAUGAAGAUGCUUCUUGAUUCAACUUGGACUAACGGUCAUGUGCUUAAGGGGUUUAUAUUGUUGUAGAAAUUCCAAGUCAGUUAAUAAAGUUCUGAAAGCAUCAAAAUAUCAUCCAUUUGUCUAAUACUAUCUUUGAAUGCAGUUUUUAUUGUUCAGCUUUUUGUUAAUAAGAUCAUUUUUUUCCCUCUCAA